AUGGCGGCACCGUCCGAGUUUGGCCCCGACGCCUUUCUAUACCCCACAGAGUCUGGAGCCCCUCAAAUGGGAUUUGAAUUUGCCGAAAAUGGUGCGCCGGCCGAUGGCACCGGCACCGGCGAAAGCAACUUCGUUCCCCGUCCGAAGCGCAUUGCAUGUGUCGUCUGUCGCAGGAGGAAACUGAGGUGCGAUGGCAGACGACCGAGCUGCGGCACAUGCUCCAGGCUGGGCCACGAAUGCGCAUAUGAUGAGGUGCGCAAGAAGAGUGGCCCAAAGCGGGGAUAUUUCAAGCAGCUUGAAGCACGAUUAGCCCAGGUAGAAACGCUUCUUAAAGGCCAAGAUCCAGACCCGAAUCAAAGACCCUCCCCUCCCCAACCGUUGGAUAAUGCGUUCACCGCGCCCAUAAGCGAUGAAUCCAUGCUGGCCUUGCCGGACCUGUCAGACUUGGGGGAGCUCGGGGGCUUUGGGGGUAAUAUGGAUACCUCAUUCCAGGCCCAAACUGCCCCCAGCGCAGGCCAGCAAGGACAAUUGUUAUUCCCCCCACCCCAGCAUACAACACCAAGUGGCAACUCCCAAUGGGACUUGAUCAGUUUAGGAUUGGAGGAGCCACUGCCCUCUCAGGAUGUGAUCGAUGAGCUGGACACACUGUUUUUCGAAAAGAUCUACCCCAUGAUGCCCAUCAUCCAUCGUCCCCGCUACUAUGCUGCUUUAGAUCUGGCACCUAAUAUGCGGCCACCGGUCUGUCUGCGAUACAUUAUGUGGUGUCAUGCUGCAUCGGUCAGUGAUAAGUACUUCUUUCUCCAUGACCAUUUCUACCAUCGGGCACGCAAAUACGCCGAAAGAGAUGAGAUGAAAGGAUUCGGAGAAAACAUCGUCAGUCUAGCAUAUUGCCAAACAUGGGUGUUGAUUGGCACCUACGAGUUCCGAAUGAUUUACUUCCCGCGUGCCUGGUUGAGUGUUGGCAAAGCUGCAAGACUGGCCCUUAUGCUGGGAUUGAACCGACUUGAUGGUGCCGGUCUCGAUGUCAAGCAAUCGAUUCUGCCGCCGAGAGAUUGGACUGAGCGUGAGGAAAGGAGGAGAGUGUUCUGGGGCACUUUUGCCACGGACAGAUAUGCCAGUGUCGGAACUGGUUGGCCGGUUCUUAUUGACGAACACGAUAUCAUGACCAACCUGCCCGCUUCCGAAGAGUCCUUUCUGAAAAGCAAACCGCAGAGAACAUUGCGUCUAAGUGAUGUCGUCAAUGGCGAGGGAGCCUCUUCAUUAGCCCCCUUCGCAUGCGUGAUGGUGCUGACAAGUCUGUUUGGCCGCAAUUUGGUGCACAUCCAUCGACCCCAGCCUCAUGACAACGACCAUGACCUGAAUGGGGAGUUCUGGAAGCGACAUAGAAGUCAUGAUAACAUUCUUCUUCACCUUGCGCUAUCCUUACCUGAUCAUCUCCGGCUUCCUAGUGGCAUGUCAGACGUUAAUGUUAUAUUUGCCAACAUGAGCAUUCACACCUCAACAAUUUGUCUGCACCAAGCUGCCAUCUUCAAGGCAGAAAAGAAUAAGAUGCCGAACCAGAUCUCAACAGAAAGCAAGCGCAGGUGCCUUGUGGCAGCGAACCAAAUCUCGAGCAUUAUGAAAAUGAUCAGCCAUGUUGAUUUGACAAGCGUAGGUUCAUGUGACCCGUCUGAUGUUGCCCCUGCUGAUGAAUUUCAGUUGAACCCUUUCAUGUCGUUUUGCUUAUACAUUGCUGCUCGUGUGUUUGUGCAAUACCUCAAAUCCAGACCAGAGGACUCGAGUGUCCAAUCUUCAUUGCAGUUCCUCGUGUCCGCUCUGAAUGCCAUGAAGGGCAAGAACCCCUUGACAGAGUCCUUCCUAGUGCAGUUGGAUGUUGAUCUUGAUGGCACUGGCAUCCGGGCCCUGGAUGACAGAAGUGUUUCCAAAAACGCCGCACGUUCUAUGCUGAGUUAUUGCAAUGAUAAACUCGAGUGUCCUCCCAUCUCAAGUGUUUGUCAAACACAAGGGGGUCCGGCAGAGGAGCCUUCUCAAUGCAGUGCAAACCGCCCAACCCAUCAAGUUGAUAAUCCUGCAGGGGCAUCGAUGUCGCUUCCAAGCCGGCACAAGGAGUCAGGGAUUCAGUCUGCCAGGGGACCACCCUUCAACAGUGACGGAAACCAACAUCCAUUUGACCAAACCUCGACCCAAAACAUAGAGCAGACUGGCCCUGGGACUAUUGUCGAUAUGGAUCUGGAUUUCUCACCUGAUUUUGGAAACCUCAGCGACAGAAACAACCCGCCCUCUGACCAUCCCACUCCCUCUACUUUGAAUUCAUCUUCCAACACCUCAUAUUCGCUUACUGGUGGCGAUGAUGCACCGCCUGGAACCAAAAAGCACAAGUCUGCCAAUUAUCCCAACCCCGGAUCUGGGUUAUCCUUCGAAAAGCCCAACUCAAUGCACAUACCACCCGAGAACACGAAUUUCCAAGCCGCCGGCAUGAACUCCAUGGGUACUCGAUACUACUCGAGCAGCUCUGAAAGCCCAGUGCUCCCUACAGAAUCAAGCUCAUUUUCAGUCCCGCCCGCAUGGGUUGUUCCAGGUCAAAUGCCCCAAAUGAAUGACCAGGAUAUGGGGGCCCUUAACAUGGAGACAUUCUCUGAGUCGCAAUGGGCUCAGAUACUGGGGACUCAAAUUAUGGGUGACACUCCAACCCCCGGAGCCAAUACUGGUUGGGACAACUGGCGUCCAUCAUGA